AUCAUAGACGAAAAGCAAAAGGUUCCUUUUUUUGACUUUGUAUCCAUCCGUAGAUCAUCAUCAUCAUCAUCUUCUUCUUCCAGAGUUUUAUCCUUAUCAAAUUCUCUCUCUAAGCAAAGAUGAAUAAAGGAAGCAGCUUUAAGAUGGACAACGAUUUCGAGAAGAGAAAGGCUGAGGCUGGAAGGAUCAGGGAGAAAUACCCUGAUCGAAUUCCUGUGAUUGUGGAAAAGGCUGAGAAAAGUGAAGUCCCAAAUAUAGACAAGAAGAAGUACCUUGUUCCAUCAGACCUAACAGUUGGUCAAUUUGUGUAUGUAAUUCGGAAGAGAAUCAAACUAAGUGCAGAGAAAGCUAUCUUCAUUUUCGUAGACAAUGUUCUCCCUCCAACAGGAGAGCUAAUGUCAAGCGUUUACGAGGAUAAGAAAGACGAAGAUGGUUUCCUUUACAUCACUUACAGUGGCGAGAACACAUUCGGUGCUUCUUCAAUCUAAUCUCUGACCUGAGAAACGGCCACGUAUUAAUGCUUCUUCCCAACUUUCAAUUUGUGUGUAUAGUUUGGUCUCAAUCUUUAUCAUUUCUCAAAUAAUUGUGAUUACUAUCAUCUUUCACUUGUAAAAAAUGUACAUAGACUAAUCUUAUAAUAUUAUCUUCCUUGGUAUUUAUAAACGAUACGUGUUCAUUA